AACGUGAAGAUUAUGGAUUCGUCUACGAGGAACUGGUACUAUGAGUUGUGAAUCAACAGCCAAAGAUACGAUUCCCGCAGUUUCAAACAGAACCGAAAAGGCAAGGACGAAGGAGAGGAAACGGGUUACAGCAGCACAAAUGCAGGCAAUUAACAGGUGCAACUUGCAACACGUGAAGUAGUGCCAGUCGUCCAUAAAAAAAAGGGACCAUCUUUACUGCUGAGGUAAUCAGUGAUUCGAAUUCGAAUUCCAUCGUCGGUGCAGCGUCAAAUUCAGAAUAAAAAUGGCGCCAGGCGGUGAGAGAGUUCCGUCAACGACGUGCACGACUGAAGCGGAAGUCGAACUGCCCGAUAAGAACAUGAAUACAAAAUGUCCUGAAAACGUUCAGAACGGAUCGUUGAAAAACGGGGAAGAACGCGACUCGCAAAGAACCACCGAUGUUUACAUCCCGAGAAUCAAAUGGCCCGAUCUCUUCGUUCAGAUAUUCGUUCACGGAGGAUGCAUCUAUGGACUCUACCUCAUCUUCACCGAGGCCAAACUUUUAUCAGCUUUAUGGGCAUUCGUAACGAUCUAUACGUCGGGCUUUGGCAUCACCGCUGGAGCGCACAGAUUAUGGUCACACAGAGCAUACAAGGCCAAGUGGCCGCUGCGUCUCCUCCUCGUUCUUCUAUUCACGAUAACCGGACAAAGACACGUUUACGCCUGGGCGUUGGAUCACAGAGUGCAUCACAAGUACAGCGAGACUGAUGCCGAUCCUCACAAUGCGAAACGGGGCUUCUUCUUCGCUCACGUUGGAUGGCUUUUUACAACUCCACAUCCGGAAGUGGUCGCGAAACGAGACGCGGUCGACAUGAGCGAUCUUGAGGCAGACCCGAUAGUCAUGUGGCAAAAGCGGUUAUACGUGCCGCUCUUCGCCCUCCUGGCAAUUGGAUUUCCGGUCGCCGUGCCAUAUUACUUCUGGGACGAAUCCCUGUGGAUAUCGUUUUGGGUGAACUUCAAUUUCCGGUUCUGCGUAACCCUGAACAUCGCCUUCUUCGUGAACAGUGUUGCUCACAUGUGGGGCCAGAAGCCUUACGACAAGAACAUAUCGCCCGUGGAAAAUAUCGCCGUAUCGAUAGCCGCGUUGGGCGAAGGAUGGCACAACUACCACCACGUCUUUCCGUGGGAUUAUAAGACUGGUGAAUUGGGAAGCUAUUCGUUCAACAUAACGACGGGCUUCAUAGACACGUUUGCCAAGCUUGGUUGGGCCUACGACCGAAAAUACGUCUCGGCAGAAAUGGUCAGGAGGAGAGCCAAUCGCAGCGGUGACGGAAGUCACAUUUGGGGUUACGGGGACACCGACAUCCCGCCGGAGGACCUCAAGGAGUUGGAAGUCAUGGACCGGAAAUCGGUGUAGAUUGCAUCUGCUGCGAUCAGAUCGGGACCAGAUGCUGCAGCCUGUCCCGGUGAAUCACGAUCAAAAUACUUACAAUAACGUCACUUUACGCCUCCUCCGAAUAAUUCUAUACGUUACAUAUAUAUAUAUAUAUAUAUGUACAAAAACGUAGAGAAACAUAUAAAAUACGUGAAACCGGUCAACGCUCGAAAAAUAACGUGAAUCUGCGGAGAGAAACUGCAGCAGUAAUAUAUUAUGAUAAUUAAUAACAUGCCAAUGCUAUUUACGCGACGGAUUUACGUACAUAAUUUUACUUAUUUAUUUAUCGAUAUAUUGUUGUUGUUGUUUUUUUUUUUUUUUUUUCUUUCCCCUAUUCGAAUACAUACGCAUGUAUAUGAAAUAACGUCGGUUAUUAUCUAUUUUGAAAACCACUGACAAUCUAACAAAUGCGCGUAGGUAAAAGUAUUCGAUCUCUUCUGGCAUAUUGUAAUGUUUAAUAAAAUUAUGAUAUAUUGCAGUACGAAUGCAUUCAAUAAUUCUACGUUCAUUCUAUAGAUCGUAUAAGUAUUACGUUGAUUCGAUACAGACGAAAGAAUUCCGCGAAAUAAAUUGUAAGACAUGCAUUACGUAAGAAUAUAAUUAA